AUGUCGAUUGUGUCUCUCGCUGGUGACAGCAAGUCUUCCGCCACACUUGAUGUGCUUCACGAUGUUGCUGCCAAGAACAACGUCACGAUAACAUCCCCGACAUCACAAGAGGCAUACCUUGCCGUCCUACAAGCCGCCGACGUGACAGCUCAAGCCGUCCAGGACCUGCCAGACUACAUUGAUCCACGACUUAUACCCGUGCCUACCAUCAAUGGAGCCGCCUCAACUUCACAAUCUGAUGCUGCUCAGACGCGACAGUACCACAAGCCCGACCCUUCGACCAACACACACAAUGCCUGGCGACUCAUUACGGAGCUGCGAGCAACCAAUCCAACAAGCCGAUUGCUGGAAGGAAAGACCAUCGCGGUUAAGGACAACAUGUCCGUGGGCGGGAUUCCUUACACCUGUGGCAUGUUCACCGAUACAAUGGCUUCUGCCGUCAACGGCGAGUACCCGAUCUCUUCCAUCGAUUCUAGCGUCGCGAAACGGGUCCUGGAAGCAGGUGGGACCAUCACUGGGAUCACCACCUGCGAGAAUUACUCCCUCACACCCUUGAGCUACACUUCCGCCAAUGGCGCCGUACACAACCCCUACCUACGAAACUUCAAUACCGGCGGCAGCACUUCGGGCGGCGCAUGCGCCUUGUCGCUGCGCGCCGCACGCGAGCGCGGUGUUACUGGUCUAGAAAAUGCUGGUCCUGACGUAGACAUGCAGAUUGGCGGAGAUCAGGCAGGCUCGAUCCGGAUGCCGAGCAGCUUCACUGGAGUGUAUGGCCUGAAGCAACGCAUGGACUGGUGCCGGCCGAUGGCACAGAAUGUUGAUGAUGUAGCACUGCUGUUGACUGCGUUGGCUGGGUAUGAUGGUCUGGACGGGCGGCAAGGGGCCGAGUGUCCGUUGCGCGAGAACGUGCUGCAGUAUCAUGAAGAGCUGGCGAAGUUCGCGGAAGGCAAGGAUAAAAGUCAGGUUGGAAAGGGCAUGAAAGUUGGCAUCAUCACAGAAUCACUAUCGAUCCCUGGUACAGUUCCGGAAGUGGCACGUGUUGUCGAGGACGCUGCGAUGAAGCACUUCGCCGCAGCGGGUGCCCAGGUUGAGCGAGUCUCUGUUCCCAUGCACCUUCUGGGUCCCGCAAUCUGGACAGCGGCGAGCAGGAACCACAUGGCGAGUCUCACCGCGCAAGGCAAGGUGCCUGACAUACUCACGCACAAUCUGCCUCAUUUCGCCCCUAAGUGGCCACUGGACCAGGAAAUGUUUGAACUCCUCAGUCGCUAUAAUCCCGCUGUCAUCAACAUCAUCUUCUCACAAACAUUCCUGACCGAGAAAUAUGGUCCUGAAGUGCAGGGCAAAGCGCAUCGGCACGUCUUCCAGCUUCGGGCGGCCUACGACAAGGCGCUUGAAGAGUAUGAUAUCCUCGUUACACCAACUGGCGUGUCGGUAGCGCCACCACACCCAGAUCUGAGGAAAGAAGAGGAAGGAGGGAGCAGCGUCAUGGAUAAAAUGAAGCUUGCCGUCGGAAGCACUAAUAAUACUUGUCCGUUCAAUGCGACGGGUCAUCCAGGCCUGAGUGUGCCUUGUGGGUGGGGCAUGAGCGAGGGAGGCAGAGGGUGGUUGCCAGUUGGUAUGCAAAUCAUUGGAAAGAGAUGGAAAGACUUGGAUGUCUUGAAGGCAGCAAAGGUGUUUGAAGCUGGUGGUGGAGGCUUGGGGAAAUGGCCUGGACCAGUUUGA